CGGGGGUCCCGGUAGAAGUCCCGGAGGGGGCAACCGGGCGCCCCCCGGGAGCCCGGGCCGGGGUCCCGGAGGGGGCGACCGGGAGGCUCCCGGGAGUCCGAAGGGGGUAACCGAGAGGACCCUGGGCUCCCGGAGGCGGUAACCGGGCGGCUCCCGGUGUCCCGGGCGGGGGACCCGGAGGGGUUGACCGGGAGGCUGUUGGAGCCCCGGGCCGGCGUCUCCGGUGCCUGCCAGGCCCGGGCAGGGCUCCCGGCGCCCUCAGGCCCGUCCCGCUUCGCUCCCGGCGCUGCCCGCGGCGGCGCCGCCCGCGCGGGGUUUCCCGGCCCGCCCCGCGGCGCUGACGUCAGCGGGCGCAGCCAAUGGCGGCGCCGCCCGCGCGGGGUUUCCCGGCCCGCCCCGCGGCGGUGACCUCAGCGGGCGCAGCCAAUGGCGGCGCCGCCCGCGCGGGGAUUUCCAGCUGCGGCGGCCGCGCGGCCUCGGGCUCCGGCGGCGGCGGCGGCGGCGGCGGCGGCCGGGGGGGCACCGGCGGCGGCGGCAGCGGCGGGACAUGGCCUUGCCGCUCGGAGCUGCCCUCCAGGACCCCAGCCUGGCCAUGGCGCACACCACCCCGGUGCCCGACGAUUUAGAGAUCAUCGAAGAGCUCAUCAAGGAAGACGGUUUCCAGCCGGAUCCGGCCCCCGUCCAGCCCAAGCCGUCGCCCAGGGGCUCGGUCACCGCCAAGCUGGUGGCCCGCGGCUGCAGCCCCGCCGGGGCCACCCAGCCGCUGCGCCCCGCUGAGCCCUGCCCCACGGCGGCCGGGCCGGCGCCCUACGGGGCCCCGCUGCUGCCCGCCGCCACCCGCUCGCCCCAGCUCGCCCAGAGCCUCAGCGGCCUCUCGCUGUCGCCCAAGCUGGUGCCGCGGGGCACGGGGGGCCCCGGCGGGCGGCACCGCUGGUCUCCGGGCAAGGACCAGCUGGAAGAGCUGCUGGAGCCGCCCAAGCUGGUGAUCACGGAGCAGCCCAAGCAGCGGGGCAUGCGCUUCCGCUACGAGUGCGAGGGCCGCUCGGCCGGCAGCAUCCUGGGCGAGAGCAGCACCGACGCCAGCAAGACGCUGCCGGCCAUCGAGCUGCUGAACUGCCAGGCGAUCCCCAAGGUGAAGGUGACGGCGUGCCUGGUGUGGAAGGACUGGCCCUACCGCGUCCACCCCCACGGCCUCGUGGGCAAGGACUGCAGCAACGGGCUCUGCGAGGUCGUCCUCAAACCCCAGACCAACCCCAAGCACAGCUUCAGCAACCUCGGCAUCCAGUGCGUGAAGAAGAAGGAGAUAGAGAUGGCGAUAGAGAAGAAGCUGCAGCUGGGCAUCGACCCCUUCAAAGCUGGGUCCCUGAAGAACCACCAGGAAGUGGACAUGAACGUGGUGAGGAUCUGCUUCCAGGCCUCCUACCAGGACAGCUCCGGGCAGACGCGGCACCUCAGCCCCGUGCUCUCGGAGCCCAUCUUCGACAAGAAGUCCACCAACACCUCGGAGCUGAGGAUCUGCCGGAUGAACAAGGAGAGCGGGCCCUGCACGGGCGGCGAGGAGCUCUACCUGCUCUGCGACAAGGUCCAGAAAGAGGACAUCGCGGUGGUUUUCCGCAAGGAGACGUGGGAAGCGCGGGCCGACUUCUCGCAGGCCGACGUGCACCGCCAGGUCGCCAUCGUCUUCAAGACGCCGCCGUACCAGCACCUGGAGCUGGCCGAGCCCGUGGAGGUGGAGGUCUUCCUGCAGCGGCUCACCGACAGCGUCUGCAGCGAGUCCUUCCGCUUCACCUACCUGCCCAAGGACCACGACGCCUACGGGGUGAACGUGAAGCGGAAGCGGGGGAUGCCCGACGUCCUCGAGGAGCUCUCGGGCUCAGAUCCGUACGGGAUCGAAGCCAAGAGGAGGAAGAAGCCACCCGGAUACAUGGAUCACUUUGCUCCGCUGCCGGCUGCAGAAGACGCCUUGGCCCUGUUCGGCGGCAUGGAGGCGGCGCCGGAGCCCUUCGACGCCCUGGUGCAGCUCUACGGCCCCCUGGCCCCGCUGGGGCUGCCGGCGGCCUGCGCCCCCGCCAUGGACUUGGGGGGCUGCCUGGGCGCCGAGCUCCUGGCCGAGCCCUACGGCUCGCCCCCGGGGCUGCCCGCCGGCCCCCCCUUCCCCGCCGCCGCCGCCGACCCCCCCGGCACCGCCAGCCUCGUGGGCGCCCACAUGUUCCCUGGGCACUGCAAGGAGGCGUGCGACUGCGCCGAGCUGGAGCUGCGCCUGGGCGAUGGCUGAGGGGCCCCCGUGCCAUGGACUUGGGGACGGGGGCUGCCCCCCCCUGCCCGGGGGCUCGGGGCCGUCCGUUCUGCGUCCCCCCCCUCCCCGAACGCCCGCCCCGGGCCGGCUGGUCCCCUCCCCGGGGCGGCCCAGUGCCCCCGCGGGGUCGCUCCCCCCCCGCCCCGGUUCAAGCCGCUUUUGCACUAUAUUUAUAGGGGCGGAGGGUGCUGGGGUGCCCCCCCCCCCCGCGCCCGCUGCCCCCUCCGUCACCGUGGGGCAGGGGGAGCGAAUGCCACCCCCGUCCCCAGCGUGAUGGGGACCCGAAUGGGGGCCGGGGACCCGGGGGGACCCCGCAUGGCGGCACCUCGGCGUCCUUCUCUGUACGAUGGAGAUGGAGGGGGGGGUAAUAAAGCGAUGGACUCCC